GAGAGAGAGUGGGGCUGCCUUAUCCCACUGUGGUUAGGUUGUCCCCUUUCUCUCAUUGUACUUGAAGGUUCUGCUAUAUGAUCAACGCAUAAGAUGGCAGCUCAGAGGAUCCUAAUCUCAUCUGCCCCAUUUCUUCCCCCGCUAGUCCCCUCUCCUCCUCCUCCUCCUCAUCGUCGUCGUCUUCCGAGAUUGAAGCCAUGCUUCAGAGCCAGCUUACAAGGCCACCAUCCUUCAGAGGUUCCCUUAAAGCCCUCGAAGCUGACAUCAACCACGCCAACACCCUGGCAGAUGCUAUUCGGAGAACCUACGGUGGUGCCUGUCUUCAGAUGAGGGUGUCUUGCAGCCCGUUGGCCCCCGUCUUUCUCUUCCUGAUGCAGUGGUUGGACUGCACUUGCUCUUAUAGCCUCCUUCGUUAUUUAGGGCUUUUCCAGAUACUUGUCCACAAGGUUUAUGUUGAUGGUAUGAGAACUAUAUCCACCUUUGAAAGACGGGCUAGCAUUAGAGAGUUCUAUGCUAUCAUAUAUCCUUCUCUUCAACAACUCGAGAGCAACUUGGCGGAAAGAGAACAAUCUAACGAGAAAGGCCGAGCUAAAGAGAUGGUUGGCAGGAAAAGGAUGGAAGAGUGGAAGAAGCUCGCUGAUAGGGAUUUGGACAGGGACGACGAGUGUGGAAUUUGUCUGGAAGUUUGCACCAAAAUGGUCCUGCCAAGCUGCAACCAUGCUAUGUGCAUAAAAUGCUAUCGCGACUGGAAUGUGAGAUCUCAGUCUUGCCCCUUCUGUAGGGGAAGCCUCAAAAGAGUUCAAUCAAGAGACCUAUGGGUUCUUACAAACAGGGACGAUGUCAUUGACACUGUGGCUUUAGAGAUGGACAAUGUAAGGCGUUUCUAUCGCUAUAUAGAUAGUUUGCCGCUGAUCAUUCCCGACACCCUUUUCUUUGUCUAUUAUGACUAUGUAGUAUAAUCAGGAGACUUGAGGAGAAUGGUGUAAGAUUGUUUGAAAGCCGACCAUCCCUGGUGGAAUGGGUCUGGUAAGAGAAAGUUCUUCCAAUCUCACACUUACUCAAAUUGUGCAGUAGACGACCAUUGUAACUCUCCUCAGAAUAAUUGCAUAUGAAAUUUGUUCUUGUGAAA